AUGGGUCGAGCAGGGUACGAAACUACCUACGUCUGCAGCGACAAGGACUCUGCGGCGGCAGACGCAAUUGCCAUGCACGAGAAGAUCGCGGCCAUCGAGGCUGCUGAGGCUGCAGAGGCCAAAUUCAUCAGGAGCAAGAAGUCUCGUGGAAUCGUGGCCGCACGCAAGGCCGCCAAGGACAAAGCCACCUCGCAGGCGGGUGCCUACGAGUCGGAGGGCGACUCAGACAAGACCACAAAGCCCUGA